AUGGUACAUCUACGAACAGACAUCGGCGCAACCAACCCUAACGCACCAAUGCAUCCCGAGGAGAACAGCACAUAUGCCAAAGACCUCACCUGCGAUGUCCUCAUUGUAGGUGCCGGUUUCGGUGGUGUCUACCUUCUUCACAAGCUCCGUGACGAGGUCGGUCUGAAUGUCAAGAUCUUCGAGGCUGCAAAUGAACUCGGUGGUGUCUGGCGAUGGAAUUGCUACCCAGGAGCCCGUGUCGAUACUCAAGUCCCCGUCUACGAAUACUCGAUCGAGAAGGUCUGGAAGGACUGGACAUGGUCUCAGAAGUACCCUGACUUCAACGAGCUCCGUAACUACUUCCACCACGUUGAGGAGACUCUUGACAUCAAGAAGGACGUCAGCUUCAACACUCGUGUCAUUGGCUCACAAUUCGACCAAGAGUCCAAGACUUGGGAAGUCAAGACCGAGGACGGCCGCACUGCGAAGUGCAAGUACCUGAUCAACGCUAUCGGCUUUGCAGCCAAGCGUCACUUCCCCGACUGGAAGGGUUUGACCGACUUCAAGGGCGAGCUGCACCACAGCUCCUUCUGGCCCGAUGAGGGUGUCAAUGUCAAGGGCAAGCGUGUUGCCGUCAUUGGCACAGGCAGUACCGGUAUCCAAAUCGCACAAGAGACAGCAAAGGACGCUGCCAGCGUUACCGUUUUCCAGCGCACCCCCAACCUCUGCCUGCCCAUGCGUCAGCGCGAACUCACCAAGGAGGAGCAGCAAGAGGCAAAGUCAGGAUACCCAGAGAUCUACCGCAAGCGUCUCACCACAUUCGCCGGCUUCUCCUACGACUACAUUGACAAGAACACAUUCGACGACACCGAGCAAGAGCGCGAAAAGUUCUUCGAGUCAAUGUGGGAGGAGGGUGGCUUCAGAUUCUGGCUUGCCGGCUACAAGGAUCUCCUGUUCGACAGCAAGGCCAACGACCAAGCCUACGACUUCUGGGUCAAGAAGACUAGAGCUCGCAUUGCUGACCCUCGCAAGCGUGAUAUUCUUGCUCCUCUCAAGGCUCCUCACGCUUGGGGAACCAAGCGUCCCUCGCUGGAGCAAAACUUCUACGAGAUGAUGGACAGAGCUGAGAAUGAUGUCGUCGACGUCAAGGAGACUCCCAUCACCGAGUUCACCGAGACCGGUAUAGUUACCAGCGAUGGCAAGCUCAGAGAAUUUGACAUCAUCGCUCUCGCUACUGGCUUCGACUCGGUUACUGGUGGCAUGAAGAACAUGGGUCUCAAGAACACCGAAGGCAAGGACUUGGCCGAGAAGUGGAAGAACGGUACUUGGACAUACCUCGGUAUGACCUGCAAUGGUUUCCCCAACAUGUUCUUCCUCUACGGUGCCCAAGGUCCCACCGCCUUCAGCAACGGCCCCACCUGUGUCGAAGUCCAAGGCGACUGGAUCGUCGACGCAAUCGCCACACUGCAGAAGCAAGGUGCGCAAACAAUCGAGGCCACCAAGGAUGCAGAGACCGGCUGGCACCAACUCGUCACCGAGCUCAACGACAAGACUCUGUUCCCCGGCACCGAUUCCUGGUACAUGGGAGCCAACAUCCCCGGCAAGCCCAGAGAACAGCUCAACUUCCCUGGUGGCUUCCCAUUGUAUGAGAAGGAGUGCAGGAAUGCACUUGAUGGCUGGAAGGGCUUCGUUGUUACCUAG